CAGUAAUCUGUCCACCACUAAGCUGCUUUAGUCCCGUCUGCCUGGCCGCUUCGCUGCAGGGAGUUCAUUUCACUACCGACUAACGCUACACAGCAAACUGAAACUAUUGACUAACGCUACACAGCAAACUGAAACUAUUGACUAACGCUACACAACAAGCUGCAACUAUUAUCCAACACUACACAACAAGCUGUAACUAUUAUCUAACGCUACACAGCAAGCUGAAACUAUUAUCCAAUGCUACACAACAAGCUGCAACUAUUAUCCAACGCUACACAACAAGCUGUAACUAUUAUCUAACGCUACACAGCAAGCUGAAACUCUGAAGACAAUUAGUGGCAACUACCAACUGACAACAAGCUACGACAGGAGUUCAUUUCACUACCGACUACCAGCUAAGAACACAACAAGCAAUCACUAGCUGAAACUACAGUGUGACAGCUGUUAGAACUAUUCUGUUGGAACACUUCUGUUGGAACAAUUCUGUUGGAACUAUUCUGUUGGAACUAUUCUGUUGGAACUAUUCUAUUGGAACUAUUCUAUCGGAACUAUUCUAUCGGAACUAUUCUAUUAGAACUAUUCUAUUAGAACUAUUCUAUUAGAACUAUUCUGUUGGAACUAUUCUAUCGGAACUAUUCUAUCGGAACUAUUCUAUUAGAACUAUUCUAUUAGAACUAUUCUGUUGGAACUAUUCUGUUAGAAUUAUUCAGUUGGAACUAUUCUGUUGGAAUUAUUCUAUUAGAAAUAUUCUGUUGGAACUAUUCUGUUGGACCUACAAGGAAGGUGGCGCCAGUGGAGUUGUCAUGGAGAAUUCUGUGUUGUGGAUAUUCCUGACAGCAACAUGUGUUAUUAAAGGUGUGUGUAGUCAGUCAGUCCAGAUGGAAGCCGGACAGUCAGGCUUCGUGGGCUCUAAGGUGGAUCUACCAUGUCUUUUUAUCAACAGCAUCCCACCUGUCAAGAUCUCACAGGUGACAUGGCAGAAGGUGAUUAAUGGAAAGAAACAGAACGUGGCGAUAGCUAACCCGUCUCUAGGCGUGUCUGUGGCUCCGCCCUUCAAAGACAGAGUCAGCUUCAAAAACCCUGUGGUGCGGAGGAGAACUCCGUCCCUGGAGGACACCACUCUGACCUUCUCGUCUCUGCGACUGUCUGACGAGGCCACAUACAUCUGUGAAUACACUACCUUCCCUGCUGGCAACCGCGAAAACACGGUCAACCUCACAGUCUACGCCCGACCUUUGACCCAGAUGAGUUUGUCGACACCCACACUGGUAGCUCGGUCAUCCAAUCUGAAGACGCCGGUCGCCACCUGCCUCUCGGCCAAUGGGAAGCCUCCAGGAACCAUCAGGUGGGACACGCGUGUGCGUGGUGAGGCGACCACCCAGGAGAUCCGUAACUCUGAUGGGACGAUCACGGUACGAAGUGACUUCAUCCUGGUACCCAGCAAGAAUACACAUCUGGAGAAACUCACCUGUAUCACCUCCUAUAACCAGGAGACAUACACAGACUCUGUCACGCUGGACAUACAGUGCUUUCUGAACAGUGACAUGAUCGGCCUGAAAGAUGAACCAGAGGUGUCAGUGGAGGGGUUCGAUGGGAACUGGUACCUGGACCGUCAGAACGUUGAGCUCACAUGUCUGACCGAUGCCAACCCACCUGUCUCUCUGUUCCAGUGGAGAAUGUUGAAUGGUUCCAUACCGAACAGCGUAGAGAUCCGUGACAAUGUCCUGUUAUUUAAAGGACCAAUCAGAUACGAGGUAGGAGGGAUUUAUGUCUGCGAUGCAACCAAUAGCAUCGGGACAAGCUCCGCCUUCAUGGAGAUCAGCAUCACAGAAGAGCCACUGCCCCAGGUGGGAACGGGUGAUGUCUUCAGUGUUCUGGGCAUGCUAUUGGCUGUGGGGCUGAUUCUGGGCGUGGCGAUCACUGUGCUGCUUCUUAACAGGAGAAAACCGAGGGGAGAGAUGGAUGCUGACUCGACAGACUCUGCUCCUUCUCUUAAACUGGCUCCUCCUCCUGCCAGGAGAAAACCUGGUGAUGAGUUCCAGCGGUCAGGGAGGGUGUAUGAGGACCUCCCCAACACAGCAGACUAUGUCAGCUACCGACUGGCCUGCAACAAGGAUGACUACCCAGAACCCUACUCUCCCCCCAUCAACCCUCCCCUCUCCCUCCCCGACUCUCCACCUAUCAACCCCCCUCUCCUUCCUCUCCCAGCACGCCUACACCCACUCCAACAAUACCUUCUCCCCCGCCUCCCAUCCCUCCUCUGUCUUCAGAUAUCCUUCCCUCCCCUCCCUAUCCCCCCCUCCCGGCCUUGCACCCUACACCUUCCCUAAAGAACAGUAUGUCUGACCUGUAUCCACUGACCUGUAACACUUCUCUAGAGACCAUGGACCAACAGCUUUUCUCUGUCUUCUGUUCCCCUCUCCUUCAUCUUCUGUUCAUCCACUGACCUCAGAAUGUUUUCCAAUCCUAGAUAUGAGUGUGUGUGUGUGUGUUUAAAGUGUGUUUUGUGCAAGUGGGCAUUGUCAUGCUGAAACAGGAAAGGGCCUUCCCCAAACUGUUACC